AUGGCAGGCUUGGAAGCAGCAGGAGUUGUAAUUUCAGUAUUUUUCUUUUGUUUCACAAUAGGAACAGUUUAUUUGAUGAUUCGCUUACUCCCCCCCUCCAAGAGUGAGCAAAAUCAUGAGAAAAAUCCAUAUUUUUUUAACAGAAAAAAAAAAUUUAUGAAAAAAAAAUUGAUAUAUAAGUAAAUUUUAUAAAUUAAAUUAAUAUUUGCUUUCCGAUUUUUGCGAAUUAGGAUUUUUUAAAAUUUCAAAACAAAUUAAUCCCCGUGAGCGAACAAAAUUUUUUAUUCACUCUCGGAGGGGGCGAAGUAGCAAAAAUUCUGAGAAAUGUAUUUUAUAACAACAGAUCCAAUUUUGAAGUCGCGCGGGAAAUCCCCAUUCAUCCUAAUUUAUCUUUUAAAAAGGUAUGCAAAAGACUUAUUCCAAUUUAUGCUAUAUUUACAUACAGACAAGUGCAGUACGAAAUUCCACCUUCUGGUGGUUUAUUUUUGCUAUCUUGUUAUUUGGUCAGCUUGUGAGGAUUUAACAUAAUUUUCACAACUUAUAAUUCAGAUUUGUCUUAUGGGAAUGCUGUAAUCUGUGCUCUUCUGUCUACAGGAGUCUCUUUGAUCCUCUCAUCUAUAAUUCACUCAUCAUAUAUAGCAAGUUUUAACCAGACCUCAUGAGAUUUAAAUACAAUUCAAAAUGAAAAUCCUAGAGAUCAUUCAACUAUUCUUGAAACAAGACUUAAUACAAAUAUUGCAGGCUAUGGAGAAAAUAUGCUUAAAAAGAUUAGGAAACUUGAAAAAAGUAUUCUAAUUAUAAUUAUGCUGACUGUGCUCUUUAUUUUUUGGGCGAUUUAUGUAACUGGAACUGGAAUUGAAAGCUCACUUGAAGGAGCAAUAAUACAAUGCUUGGUAGGCUUGGCUUUAGAUAUCCCUAUUAGAAUUACUGCAUGCCUAGUUGUGAGCUAUUUAAAACUCAUGCAUAGUUAUGAAAUUUCUUAUUUACCUCUGCAUGCUCCUAUUACUCCACAAACCUUGAAAUUUUAUACAAAAUCUCAGUAUAAUCAUCCAAUUGAGCCUGAGUCCUGUCAAAUGGCAGGCAACUCUUUUAAAGACCAGUCCCAGAACCUCUGCAUAGAUAAUACUUUUGGUUUUCCAAUAAACCAUGAGUCUGAGCUGCAUAAUUCAAUAGAUUUUCCGAGUCUUGAUAGAAAAAUCAGAGACCUUGAGCUCUUGCAGAAUUUUGAUGCGUCUAUUUCUAAAAUUGGCUAUGAAGAUGACCCAGACCCUGAGUUUGAGCCAGACGUUUUGCCUGAGCCUGAUUUUAAGGUGAAAGAAUUUUGUGAAAGCCAUAGAACUGAGCAAAGCGAAAUUGAAACAUUGGCAUCUCAUAACGAAGACUCAAUAGAUGAGCCGUUGCUUAGUCCUUAUUUAUAUCCUUCCACCCCAGUUUCAAAAAAGGAAUCAAAAAUUCAAUUUUCCCCUUCUCCUCAGAAAUAUAUGAGCCCAUCUAAAUCCUCAGACCAAAUACUUCAUAGGGUUUCUGCUUUUGAUUUAAGACUUCACCAAUGUGAUAGCCCAAUUUCUCGAGGAGAAAAUUCUGCAGAUAUAUCAAGAAAUGAAGAAAUUGAGUCAUAUGAUUCAGAUUCAUGCCAAGAUGCCAUAUUUUUCAAUGAAGAAUUAGAGAUAACGCCAACUGCUCCAAUACAAAUAGACGAGGAUCCAGAAAAAACAGAAUCAAGAAAUUCUCCUGUCUUAUUUUUAGCGACUAAUGACCCGACACCUUAUUUGCCUGGAUAUAGCUCAAAUUCGCCUGAAACCAAAAUGAAUGAAGUUUACUCAAGGCCUUAUACUUCUUCUUUUGAUGAUAGAGAGAGCAAAGCCAAACUGCCAGUUGUGGAAGAAAUUCCCAAUAAAUUUACAUCAAAUGCUGUUCAUUAUGAAGCUAAAGAAGAGCUUAAUGAGCAUAUUGAUACCGAAGAAAGUAUCAGGACAGAGGAUUCUUUUGUAGGUGGAUUCAUACGUUUACCUCCAAAAUCAGGCCAAUCUACAUCAAGAGGCGAUUUUAUUUCACCAGUUGUAUAUACAUCAAGAGAUAUUAUGGCAGAAUGGGACAUACAGUCAUCUUCGAAUAAUUUCCAGUUACAAAGCAACGAAGGGGAGUUUCCAUCUUUUUCGAAAAAUAAUCCAGCUGUUCCUUGCAGCAUUUUCCCUAUUAUCGAUGAAGAGCCUUCACAGCAUAAAAAGAGGAAGAAUAAAGAAAGACCUCCUACAUAUAAAACUGCGCAUUUCUUGAAGCAGGGUACAAUUGAUAUUUACAGUGCUCAUCACAAAGUUGCUGAAGGGUUUAGCAAGCCUCGGUCAAAAUCUCACACAGGGAGAGAUAAAAGGCACCAUUCCAAUGAGAGAACUUCCCAGCCCCCUUCCACUAGUAAUAGAGAAAAUUUAGAUUUCAUCGUAAACUUGACUAAAAAGCAGCUGCAAGAAAGACUGAAGAGAAGAACUGGCAAAAAAAUUGAUGAAGAAGAGCUAGCUGAAUUCCCAAUGCCUCCAGAAGAACCAAUCUCAGUUGAUAAAAAAGUUUUCAAAAAAAAAUCUACCCGAAAACUCCUCAAAAAUGUAGACAUGCUCAUAAAUGGCAAAGAAAAUGUGCAACAAGCUGAAGACCUAGAAAAAUUAAAAUCAAUGCUGGAAGUCCGUCAAAACUUCAAAAGAAAGUAUAGCAUCUCCAAAAACAACCCUUAUUCACAAAAAAUUCCUUUAGAUUUCCUCAAUGAAAGAGAGAUAGAAGAAAUUAGGCUCCACGAUGAAGAAUUUAUGAGAAAACAAGAGCUGAAAAUGAAAGCUAUUUCUUCUAUUUAUGCCAAUUCAAGACCAUCUACUAGAUCUCCAAAAUAUAGAAGAGGCACCAAAACUGCUGAGCCAACCCAACAGUUAUCGCCUUCAAAAUCCGACAAUUUGAUCCCCAAAAUGAAUAGAUUAUUAUAG